AUCGUCGUGCAUGUGAUCCUGCCUUCAUUGUAGAUAAUGCGAAGCUACGAAAAUGGCGGAUGAACAGGUGAGUUGCCGAUCAAAAUAACGUGCGAACCUCGAAAUGCGAGGAAGUUAUCUACGACAAGGCGGCUCCUGAGUCGUGUGAUUCGACAGUUACAUUCUUAAAAUAAAUCUUCAAAUUUGAACAUUGACUGUAAACAUAGUGCAAAAAUCCUUCAAAAGUGAAUACAAUGACCUUGCAAUUUAGAGAGUUAACAUAUCUAAAUGGAAAUACUAAAAUACAAGUAUAAAUAGUGACAUUAAGAAUGGAUCACAUACAGGAAGUACGGCAGCUGGAAUUGCUAUGCAAGCAAUUGUAUGAGUCACAAGAUUCUGCACAUCGUGCUGAGGCUGAAAAAGCUCUUGUAGCAUUUCAAAAUGCACCAGAUACGCUUACUAAGUGCCAGCUCCUUCUGGAUCGUGGAGACUCAGCUUAUGCUCAAUUAUUGGCUGCUACUACUUUAACAAAAUUAGUCUCUCGGUCAGCACAAGGACUUAGUUUACAACAAAGGCUGGAUAUACGGAAUUAUGUUCUUAAUUACUUAGCAACACAACCAAAGCUUCCAAAUUUUGUUAUACAAGCUUUGGUUGCAUUGUUUGCUAGGAUAUCAAAACUUGGCUGGUUUGAUUCGGACAAAGAGGAAUAUGUUUUCAGAAAUGUUGUUGGUGACGUAGCAAAAUUUCUUCAGGGAUCAGUAGAGCACUGCAUGAUAGGUGUACAGUUGCUCUCACAAUUAACAUGUGAAAUGAAUCAAAUAUCAGAAGCUGAUGCAAAUAGGUCACUUACAAAGCAUAGAAAAAUUGCUAGUAGUUUCAGGGAUACACAGCUUUUUGAAAUAUUUAGGCUGUCUUGUACUUUAUUAAGUACAGCACGAGAAAAUUGUAAAAACUUAAAUUUUAAUGACGAAGCACAGCAUGGUCUGAUUAGACAACUCCUAAAGCUUGCACAAAAUUGUUUGACAUUUGACUUCAUUGGAACAUCUACAGAUGAAAGUACUGAUGAUUUAAGUACAGUACAGAUACCAACAAGUUGGAGGCCUGCAUUUUUGGAUUUUACAUCAUUAAAGCUAUUCUUUGAUUUAUACCACAGUCUGCCAAGCUCAUUAUCAUCUUUAGCUUUGUCUUGUUUAGUUCAGAUAGCAUCAGUUAGAAGAAGUUUGUUUUCUAAUACAGAAAGAGCAAAAUUUUUAAGGCAUUUAGUUAAUGGAGUAAAGCAUAUAUUACAAAAUCCACAAGGUCUCAGUGAUCCUGGAAAUUAUCACGAAUUUUGUAGAUUAUUGUCUCGGUUGAAAAGUAAUUUCCAACUUGGAGAAUUAGUCUUGGUAGAAGGUUAUCCAGAAGCAAUACAAUUAAUCGCAAAGUUUACAGUUCAAAGCUUACAAAUGUGGCAGUUUGCACCAAAUAGUUUACAUUAUCUUUUAACUCUUUGGCAAAGAAUGGUGUCAUCCAUGCCCUAUGUAAAAGCAGGAGAUCCGCAUUUAUUGAACACAUAUACUCCUGAAAUUGCAAAUGCAUAUAUUACAUCAAGACUUGAAUCUGUAGCAGUGGUAGUUAGAGAACGUUUGGAAGAUCCACUUGAUGAUUUGGGUGUACUUCAUCAACAAUUGGAACAAGUUUCAGUGAUAGGAAGAUGCGAAUAUCAAAAAACAUGUACUGUAUUAGUUCAAUUAUUUGAUCAGGCUGCUACAACGUAUCAAGAAUUAAUGACACAAACUGCAUCCCCAACCCAACAAAUUGAUAUAACUAUUCAAGAAGGGCAGUUAACAUGGCUUGUUUAUAUUAUAGGUGGCGUCAUUGGUGGAAGAGUUACAUUUAACAGUAAUGAGGAAUAUGAUGCAAUGGAUGGUGAACUUGUUUGUAGAGUUCUUCAAUUAAUGAACCUUACAGAUUCUAGACUUGCACAAGGUGGUUGCGAAAAAUUGGAGUUAGCAAUGUUAAGUUUUUUUGAACAAUUCCGUAAAAUAUACGUAGGUGAUCAGGUACAGAAAAAUUCCAAAGUAUACAGAAGACUGUCGGAUGUUUUAGGCCUCAAUGAUGAAGCCAUGGUACUCAGUAUAUUUAUUCGUAAAAUAAUAACAAAUUUGAAAUAUUGGGGAAGAAGUGAACAAAUUAUUUCAAAAACUUUACAACUUUUAAAUGAUCUUUCUGUUGGAUAUAGUUGUGUUCGAAAACUCGUUAAAUUAGAAGAAGUUCAAUUUAUGUUAAAUAAUCAUACAAGAGAACACUUCCCAUUUUUGGGAAAUAAUGUUGCUGUAACAGAAAUGCGCUGCAGGUCGAUGUUUUAUACAUCUUUGGGUAGAUUAUUAAUGGUGGAUUUAGGUGAAGAUGAAGAAAGAUUUCAUACAUUUAUGUUACCCCUCACAGCUGCAUUGGAAAGUCUUGGCCAGCUAAUGGGAGCUGCUGAUACUCCCCUAUUUGCAGCAGAAGAAGCAAAAAAGGCAUUGAUUGGUGUAGCAAGAGAUCUCAGGGGUUUAGCAUAUGCAUUCACAACUAAAACAUCUUACAUGAUGCUUUUUGAUUGGAUAUAUCCGAAUUAUACACCCAUCUUAUUACAUGCUGUGGAAUUGUGGCAUCACGAACCACAAGUAACUACACCCGUCCUGAAAUUAUUUGCUGAAUUAGUAUUAAAUAGAAGUCAACGAUUGCAAUUUGAUGCAUCUUCUCCAAAUGGAAUUUUAUUAUUUCGUGAAGCUAGCAAAGUGAUAUGUAGCUAUGGCAAUCAUAUAUUGAAUAUUGAAGUUCCCAAGGAUCAGAUUUAUCCUUUGAAGCUCAAGGGAAUUAGUAUAUGUUUCAGUAUGUUAAAAGCAGCCCUUUGUGGCAGUUAUGUAAAUUUUGGGGUCUUUAGGCUAUAUGGAGAUGAAGCAUUGGAUAAUGCAUUAAAUACAUUUGUGAAAUUGCUUCUCAGUAUACCACAAAGUGAUCUUUUGGAUUAUCCAAAACUAUCGGCAACGUAUUAUGUAUUGCUUGAAUAUUUGGCACAGGACCAUAUGGUCUUCCUUUCAACAUUGGAACCAAGAGUUUUUUUAUAUAUUCUUUCAAGUAUCAGUGAAGGCCUUACAGCACUAGGUGCGCAAAAAGACUCCUAUACAGAUACUAUGGUAUGUACUGGUUGUUGUGCAACCCUUGAUCAUAUAGUGACAUAUUUAUUCAAACAACUAUAUCAAAAAGCGGGUGGUUAUCCAGGAAGAAAAAAUGCUGUAGUUCCUGGUGGUGGAGAAUUAUUUUUAGAAGUUUUGAAACAACAUCCUGAAAUACUUCAACAAAUAUUAAGUACUGUAUUAAAUGUGAUAAUGUUUGAAGAUUGUAGAAAUCAAUGGAGCAUGUCUCGUCCUCUAUUAGGCCUGAUACUUUUAAAUGAAGAGUAUUUUAAUCAGUUACGAGAAAAUAUUAUUAGAAGCCAAGCAGUUGAUAAACAAGCUGCAAUGGCACAAUGGUUUGAAAAUUUGAUGGAUGGUAUUGAAAGAAAUUUACUUACAAAGAAUAGAGAUAGGUUUACACAAAAUUUAUCAAUGUUUAGAAGAGAUAUAAAUGAUGCUUUAAAAGGACCUAAUAUGUCUACAAAUUCUGUCAGUGAUAUGAUGACAUCGUAGUGAUAUUGCUCUCUUCUAAUUAGAUUUGUCUAUUAGGUUCUUGCCUGCCAAAUGCUUGAAUGUGUGUGCGAGUGAAACUAUAAAUUAUGAUGCAAUUACAAUUAUGAUUUUAGACGAGUAUAAAGAUAAUAAAUUAAGUAAUAUCAUUUUACUGCUGUAUUGCUGUUUGGCUUCCUAUUCUCAAUUAUUACAUUUCUAGUAACUUAGAUGAACAAGCACCAAAUAUUGUAACAAUAAUUACAAAAAUUUUAUAUUAUUCGUAAAUUUUUUAUUUAGUUAUUUAACCUAGCUUAUCCUAUUCUUCAUUCCAAUAAAAGUUAAUAUAUACUUUGUUUUAUUACCUUUAUACUCUACUAUUAUUAUUAAAACUUAAAAUUGAAAAUCUCAUUCUUGCUGUAAUUUUUUAAGAAGCAUUUUUAAACAUGUUCUUGCAUAAUACUUUCUUCUUAUUUUUAGUCACAGAAUCUGUUAGUAAAAUGUUGCUGAAACAAUCGCGUCAGACAGUUUGUGUUCAUGGCAAUUUACAAAAUAUUGAGAAUUUAACAAAACUUACUACAGAUAUCUUUCAAUUCAAUACUAAUUUCUUUUUAUUACCACAAGGUGAACAUAUAUAUUUUUUAUUCAUUAAAAAGCUAUUAUUUUCGUAUAUAAAAGAUUGUUGAUUGAUCAAUUUAUAAAUUACAUUACACACAAUAUAAUUUAAUUUUCAAUUAUGUGUACUAAUUAGAAUAGGAAGCCAAAAGUGAUGUUAUUUAUAAAAUAUAUGGUACAAGUUGUUACUUAUUAUUUUUAUGCACAGUAUAUAUUUCGGUUACUUGAACAUAUAAAAUAAUUAAAAUUUUCAAAUACCAUAUAAUCAGUUCUUAAAUAUAUAUUACAGUAUACAAGGCCACAAUAAUCUUGCUAAAUGUAUUGGCACAAUAUUACUUGAUAAUCGAUUGGUCAUUAAUAUAAACUUCUAAUGUAAAUUCAUCAAAUUAUUAAUAGCAAAUAACAUUGAUUACGAUAAAGAUGUAAUUUAAUUUUACAACACAAUUUUAUUGGAGGAUAUUCCAUUCAAUAUUCACUUUAAUCAUUUUUUUUCAUCAAUGAGUGAUUAUAUAUAUUAAUGAAAAUUCGUAAAAAGACAUCACGUUUUAAAAUAAUCUGUGAAUGUACAACAAUGAUAUAGACUGGAACUUCAUAGUGUCAAGAUAUAUUCGUCUAUGGUACAAUCGUACAAUAGUACAUAAUAAUACAUUUAUUCGAAUUUACUCUUUGUUAAUACAAUAAAUAUUUUGAAAAGUACUCAAGAGUAGAAAAAAAAAAAUUAACUGUAAACUUUGUUAGGAUGAGCCCUUUUAUAGUAAUAAGUACGCGUUAUUUGAUUUCUUGCAACAUUUUUGAUAAUACUCAAGUUGUUGAUCUAAUAAUAAUAUGUAUGUAUUGUUUCAUAUUGAAUGUAAUUAUAAUAUUAUAAAGUAAAUAUUCUAAACUAGAAUUAUAUCUAUAAUAAACACCUGUAUAUGAUGUUUAUUAUAUCUAAUUAUAUAAUACUUUUAUCAUAAAUUUUUUUUUUAACUAAUUUGAUAGUAAAAGCUACGCACUUUUUUAAAUGAAUUUACGAAUCUUCUUAGUUAUUAUAAAAUUUUCUAGGUCAAAACUGAUUAAAUAAUAUCUUAUUUUAGGGCUUAUUCUACGAAUGUUUACAGGAUGAAUAAAAGAACAAAUAAAAACAUAUAUUUCUCUAAG